AUGCUUCCCGAUUGCGUCGCCGGGCCGAUCCCCGAGUGCGACGCGCGCCUCAUCUUCCGCAGCCUCGUCAACACCAUCGUCGCCACCAGGGCCGCCGCAACCAGCACGGGGACGCCCGGGGGCGCGCGGGGAUGCGGCUUGAGUCGGAAUCGGAGCGGGCGGCGAGACGGCAGCGUGAAAUUGACGAGUCUGCUGUUCGGAUCGUGUAACGAGCCGUGCUGCCGCCCUCUCUGCUUCUUCGCCCCCGAAAUGCUUCCCGCGUUGCCCUCACCGCCAUGCAGCGACACGGGCGCCCCCGCCGUUCACCCUCCCAUCCCCACGGGCGCUGCUCUCUUCGCGCCGACGUCGGUUUCCCGGUUUGCCCCACCGGCGGCCCCCGCGCUGGCGGCGGACGAGGCGGCGCUGGGCGCGCUGGAGGUGUGGAGUCUGGGCGUGCUGCUCUACUCGCUGCUUACCGGCCAGCAGCCAUUCCUCGGGCGCUCCAACCACGACACGCUACAACGGAUUCGCGCCGCCCGGGUGCGAUUCCCCCUCACCGUGCGUGCGAUCAUGCUCAUGAACCAAGCAACCGCCGCCAUGCUCUCCGCCCGUUUUUAA